AUGACUUACUGGGAAUCGGGUCGUUACAACUUGGUAUCAGAGCAAAUCUUGAUGACUGCACGGGGACGAGGACGUGGUAGGCGUGGUGCAAACCAUGCAGAGGAACCGAUGAGGGGUGCAGAUGCUUUUAUAGCUGCAAUGAACACCAUGGCUGAGGCUGUGCGGGAGAGGAACGGAGAUCGUAACGGAGGACGCAAUGGUGAGCGUGGUGGAGACGGUAAUGAUAAUGAAGGUGCCGGAAACCACGAUAACCCUAUGACACUGGCAACCUUUCUGAAGUCAUUGCGAGCGCAACAUGUACCAGAAAGACCGUACGUGGAAUUUGCAACCUAUAUGCUGGAGGGAGAAGCUGAACACUGGUGGCAUGGAGUGCAACGCUUGUUAAGGCAGGUGGUGGAAGAGAUUGACUGGGAUACUUUUAAGGAGGAAUUUUACAAAAAGUACUUUCCUAGAACUGUUCGUGAUGCAAAAGAAAUGGAACUGAUGCAGUUGACGCAGGGGAAUAUGUCAGUAGCAGAAUAUACUCGGAAAUUUGAGGAUUUGUGCUGA